AUGGCGCACGGCGACAUGCAUAUUUUGGAGCGGCGGCAGAGCGCUUCGGGUGUGCUACUCGCCUUUGCAGUUGUCGUGCUCACAUGGGUGGCGGCGGCAGCGACGGCUUCCUCGCACCCCUAUGCAGCUAAUACGUCGCGCCGGUACUCAAUGAUGGUCGAAGAACUGACGGGCAGUCUUGAUGAGAGAGGCACCACCCCUACUCUGGUGUCUGUGGCAAUGGAGAUGUCUCUGACGCUGCCGGCGAAGCCUGGUGCCGCGAUGGUGUGGGAGGGCGAUGCCGAGGCGAGCGAAAUCGACGACGCCGCAGUCCAGCGCUUGACUUUCGACGAUGACUUUGACCCAAUUUGGUACUACGUGCUGCGUCGCCGUGGCUUCGAGCGCCUUGACUGGUGCGGGUGCGGCGGCAAGUGGCGGCCCGAGUGGUCCAUAUCGAAGGCACUGUCAGCGGAGAAUGAGAAUAACAGCGUCUUGUUUGGCCGUCUGCGGCACUUCCUCGCCCACCACGCCGUGUGCACCUACUCGUCUGUCUCCUUCUGCGGCGCCAGUCACGAACGGGGAGCGGCGAGCCAGUUUCAGUGGGCGGCCCAGUUUGUGUCGACUCUAACCUCGUCGCCACUGAGCUGGACCGCAGCAACGCCCCGGCACUCGAGACCAAACGGGAUCGUCAUUCAACGCGCCCCCUCACACGUCAGCGGCGGCGAGGAUGCGUACUGGUGCUCGUACCACCUCGUCUACCACGACACUCUGUGCACGCAACACGUGAGCCCCCUGCUCAACGGCGGCCGCUCCGGCCGCGGCGUGCAGGAGGGGCUGCCUCAAGGCAUCUUCAACGCCGCGUUUCCGUCUUUCGUCACGUACUUUGGCGCCCCGUUUCAGCAUUUUACCGUGAAGGCGACUCAGGAGCGUCUCCCCGGGAACAGCACUGUUGCGCAGCCGCCGACGGUGCGGCUGAAGGUCGAGGUUCGCAUGAGCAUGGUGGUGGGUGAUGCGUCGGACUUGGAGGCGCUGAGCGAGGUGUGGUCACGCGAGCUGCCCGCCUACGCGCGGGAUGGCCGUCUUCAGGUGCACAUCGGCCCUGGCGGGCUCUCUCAACAGCUGCGCAGUGCGCUACCAGCCGUAGCGAUAGUUUCGUCCCCGCGCGAGGGGCAGGCGAUAGCGACGCCGCAGCGGCAGGCGUCGGCCUCUGCGAGCCCAUCGUCUCGGAUUGGCCGCUCCCCAGAGGUGCAGUACGAGGUGCGCGCCCACGGCAAGGAUCACGGUUAUCUGACCGUGAAUCUACAGCCGGCUCUAGUUCUACUUGACCCCCACGUUGGCGUAGACGCGGAGAAGCACGAGGGCUCGGACGGGACCGAAGAGGGGUCGGGGCUACACCACUCGUUCCUCCUCCGCGAGGGCGACGUGGUCCGCACCCUUCUGCUCUUUCCUCUGCAUCUUGUGCGCCCUUCCCUGUACAACAUGGAGUCUCUACUUGGCUCCACGCGCAUUGUCCACGCUCACGUGGACGUUGUCUCCAACACGCUAGCAGUUCUCCUCGAGACCACCGUAGCGACGGUGCACGUCGCCGCCUACGAGGCCGCGUAUGCGCAUGCCCGACAGUGCCACGAGAUGGCCGGCGGCGACGGCGCCGGCGGUCGAGCCUGCCGCGCUCACGACGGCGUCCUGCUCGGCCGAUUCCAGCUUUUCUUCGGCUGGUCGGCGCUGAGGGAGAUGCCGCCAGACGACAACAGCAACCGACUCGUGCCGCAGCCUGUCGUUGUAAUUCACCGCGCGAGGUCGUCGGCGGACCUCGGCGCGGCGGAGGCGUCAUUCCAGUCGGAUCUCUGUCGCAUUCAGCGUCACCACGCCGCUUCGGUUGGCGCGAUACCCCAGCUCGAUCACGAGGACUCCCUCGCCGCCGUCUUCCAGCUGCUCAACCGCAGCGACGCGUUGCCGGACGGCAAAAGGGGGUCCCUGUCUGCCAUGAUGGCGACUCUCAAGGGGGACGACGCAUGUGUUUACUGGGUGCGAUCCACCGUGGCGAGCGGGACGACGAUCCCAGGCCCUGAUGGCGCCAUGGUCUUCAAUGUGCUCUCACUCGGACUCUUUUUCUUGUCUGCUGCUGCAGGCACGCUGACGCGGCUGACAAGGCGCUUGACGUGCAAGAGAGAAGAUCUCGUCAAUUUGCUUGCGCAGGAAGGCGCCACCACCGUCGUCAGGUGA